UCAAACGAAUCAACACGCGGUUUUGUUUACGUUCGUUUUUGGUCGUGCGUUCCAUCGCUCGGUCGCAGUUUCGGUGCAUUUUAGUGCAGAAAAUCGUGCUAAUCCACCAUGGGCAAAUCCAAGGCGCACCGAAUAAAGGGCCUGAGUGCCCCGAAGCAGUCCCUGGGCGACCAAAUCACCGAAGGCCGGGUGUCCAAGAAGCAAAAGUCGAGCAAGUUUCGGCUGCGCGCCGAGGAGGAAGAGUUUGUCGACGCCAAAACGAGCCAGCGCAUCCUGAAGCAGGCCCGGAAGCAGCAAGCGGAGCUGAACCUGCUGGGCGGCGAUUCGUUCGGGCCGUCGCUGUCCGAGUCGGUGGCGCUGAGUGAGGGAACCAGCAAGCGGCAGAAGCACCGGCUGGGUCGUGCGGGGGGAGAUUCCUCGGACGAGUCGGAUGAGGAGUUCCGCGAGGAGGGUGAUGUCGACGGGCAAGACUUUUUCGACGACAUCAAGAUCAACGAGGAGGACGAGCGCGCGCUGGAGAUGUUUCAGAACAAGAACGGCGUCAAGACACGCACGCUGGCCGAUAUCAUCAUGGACAAAAUCACCGAGAAGCAGACGGAAAUUCAGACUCAGUUUUCCGACAACGGUUCGCUGAAGAUGGAGGAGGUCGACGAACGGGUCCGGGAAAUGUACGAAGGCGUUCGGGAUGUGCUGAAGCGCUACCGAAGUGGCCGCGUCCCGAAAGCGUUCAAAAUCAUCCCCAAGCUGCGCAACUGGGAGCAGAUCCUGUUCAUCACGGAACCGCAAAACUGGAGUGCCGCCGCCAUGUUCCAAGCGACGCGGAUAUUUUCCUCCGGUCUGACCCAGUACAUGGCCCAGCGGUUCUACAAUCUGGCCCUGCUGCCGCGCGUCCGUGACGACCUGGCCGAGUACCACAAGCUCAACUUCUACCUGUACCGUGCGCUCAAGAAAGCCCUCUUCAAGCCGGCCGCCUUCAUGAAGGGCAUCAUCCUGCCGCUGCUCGAGUCCGGCGAUUGCACGCUCCGCGAGGCCAUCAUCUUCGGCAGCAUCAUCAGCUCGACGACCAUCCCGGUCCUGCACACCUCCGCCUGUUUACUCAAGAUUUGCGAAAUGGAAUACUCGGGCGCCAACUCGAUCUUCAUCCGGAUCAUCCUGGACAAGCGGUACGCGCUGCCCUACCGAGUCGUGGACGCGGUCGUCUUUCACUUCCUGCGCUUCGAGCAGGACAAGCGCGAGCUGCCCACGCUGUGGCACAACGCACUGCUCACCUUCGCCCAGCGCUACAAGAACGACAUCUCCUCGGAGCAGCGGGACGCGCUGCUGCAGCUUCUGAAGAAAAAGUCCCACGCCAAAAUCACGCCGGAGAUUCGGCGCGAGCUGGUGGCGGCCCGGUGCCGUGACAUCGAGGGUGGCGACAGCCUGGUGCACGAAGCCGACAUGGAGUACAAGGAGGACACCGACUAUGCGCCGAUGGAGGACGCCGCGAGUGGGCCGUCCGGAAAGUCUGCGAAGGUUGAGGAUGAGGAAAUGGAGGAUGACGACGACGAAGAAGAUGAUGAUGAAAGUGAUGAGGAAGAGUUGUAGGGUGAAAGAGGAAAACAAGUUUGUUUUUCUGUACAAUUAUGUCUUUAUUGCUACAUACUGUAUUUAGGCAAAUACAUCUGAGUUACUGUGGAUACAAAAACUACACCUU